AUGGACUCACGCGGCGAGAUGAAGGCGCUGGAUGCGCAGAUCGAGCGUCUGCGUCGUGCAGAGAACCUUACAGAAACAGAGAUUUAUGAGCUCUGCCAAAAAGCUAAGGAAAUUCUAGCGGGCGAGUCUAAUGUACAGCCCGUCAAAUGCCCUGUAACGGUCUGUGGUGACAUCCAUGGCCAGUUUUACGACCUUCUCGAACUUUUCCGAAUAGGUGGUGUCUGCCCAGAUACUAACUACUUGUUUAUGGGUGACUAUGUCGAUCGUGGCUAUUAUUCGCUCGAAAGCGUUGCUCUCUUGGUUGCACUUAAAGUGCGGCACCGUGAGCGUAUCACCAUCUUGCGUGGCAACCACGAAAGUCGUCAGAUUACGCAGGUAUAUGGAUUUUACGACGAGUGUUUGCGUAAAUACGGCAACGCAAAUGUCUGGAAGUACUUUACCGAUCUAUUUGACCACCUGCCAAUGACGGCGCUCAUCGAGAACCGCGUCUUCUGCAUGCAUGGCGGCCUAUCGCCCUCAAUUGACACGUUAGACCACGCACGCGCACUUGAUCGCGUGCAGGAAGUGCCUCAUGAAGGACCUAUGUGUGAUCUAGUGUGGUCUGACCCUGACGACCGUUGUGGAUGGGGCAUUUCCCCUCGUGGUGCCGGCUAUACCUUUGGUCAGGACAUUACGGAGCAGUUUAAGCGCAGUAAUGGUCUUACGUUUAUUGCGCGCGCCCAUCAGCUGGUUAUGGAAGGAUAUCAGUGGACCCAUAAUCGCGGUGUCGUAACCAUUUUUAGUGCCCCUAAUUACUGCUACCGCUGUGGUAACCAGGCAGCGCUUAUGGAGAUUGAUGAAGUCAUGGCAGAUCGCAGCGGAGACAAAGUAUACGAGACGUGCAAAUUUAUUCAAUUCGAUCCUGCUCCCCGUGACAGCAACUUUAACGAGAAGAAGCGCACUCCUGACUACUUCUUGUAG